AAGCCGCGUUGGUGUUUACAGAUGACGUUGUACAGAGAUGUCGCUAACAAGAUAAAGACGUUUCAUUAAACGUCGUAUUAAACAAACAGCUGCUGGUAAUAAGCGAGAAUAAAAGAGAAGAUGUUGGAGUCCUACGUCACGCCGCUCCUGAUGAGCUAUGUGAACAAAUACAUUAAGAACCUGAAGCCGUCGGACCUGCAGCUUUCCCUUUGGGGAGGGGAUGUGGUGCUCAGCAAGCUGGACCUGAAGCUGGAUGUACUGGAACAGGAGCUGAAGCUGCCCUUCACAUUCAUGAGUGGUCAUAUUCAUGAGCUACGAAUCCAUGUACCCUGGACCAAGCUGGGCUCAGAGCCUGUUGUUAUCACCAUCAACACAAUGGAGUGCAUCCUGAAGCUAAGAGAUGGAUCCCAGGAUGACCAUGACAGUGGCUCCAGCUCCACCAGUCGCAGUGUCUCAGACAGCUACAAGGCCUCACUAAAGCCUCGCCGCAUCCAACAGGCAGCCCCCAGUGACCCAGACCUUCCCCCAGGUUAUGUGCAGAGCCUGAUUAGACGUGUGGUGAACAACGUAAACAUUGUGGUGAACAACCUGAUCCUGAAGUAUGUUGAAGAUGAUAUUGUUCUUUCAGUCAACAUUACUUCAGCUGAGUGCUACACAGUAGAUGAUUUAUGGGAGAGGGCCUUUAUGGACAUCACUGCUUCAGAAUUAGUCCUGAGAAAAGUUAUAAACUUUUCAGAUUGCACUGUGUGCUUAGACAAGCGAAAUGCCAGUGGGAAGAUCGAGUUUUACCAGGAUCCCCUGUUGUACAAAUGCUCCUUCAGGACACGGCUGCAUUUCACCUACGACAACAUCAGUUCCAAGAUCCCAUCUGUCAUCAAGAUUCACACCAUGGUGGAAAGCCUGAAGUUGUCCAUAACUGACCAGCAGCUGCCCAUGUUUAUCCGGAUUUUAGAGCUGAUUAUUGCCCUCUACUAUGGGGAAAUAGGAGGACACAAACAGAAUGAGGGUGAAGAAGGAAUCGGUCAUGUCAGAGAGAGCGGAGCAAGUUCACCAGGGAUGGAUGUUGAAAUGGAAAGCCUGGGAUCCAGCCAGGACCUUUACAUGGAAUGUGGGAGUCCUGAGGAAGCAGACCAGGGUUGGAUGUCCUGGGCUUGGUCCUUCGUCCCUGCCAUUGUAGGUGCAGAGGAAGAAGGGGAGGAAGGUCUUUACCAGCAGAACGAGACAGGAGGCAAUUCCAACAACCCUCAGCAACACACAUGCAAAGACCCUGUUGUUUCCAUAGGUUUUUACUGCACUAAGGCCUCCRUCACUUUCAAGCUGACAGACACACAGUCMGAAAGCAGCUACUACAGCCCGCAGAAAGUCAAGUCCAAAGAGGUUCUGUGUCUGGAGCAAGAAGGCAUCACUAUCGAGGUGCUCAUGAUGGGGGAGCCCUUCUUUAAUUGUCAGAUUGGAUUUGUGGGCUGCCGGGCACUCUGCCUGAAAGGCAUCAUGGGAGUUCUAGAUUUUGAAGAAAAUGUGAACCGACGUGAAGAGGAGGCAGUGUUCCUCAGCUGUGGGGACAACCUAAAAAGUAAAGGGAUGACUUAUCUGACRAACUCACUGUUUGACUACCGCAGUCCAGAGAACAAUGGAGUCAAAGCAGAAUUCAUCCUGGACUCCACUAAUCACAAGGAGACCUAUACAGAGAUAACAGGCAUGCAGCGCUUUGGGGCUUUCUACAUGGAUUAUCUCUACACAAUGGAGAACAGCAGCUCCAAAGGCUCUCAGGACUUCUCUGUGUUGAGUACUGAGGAAUUAAUGCCAAAGGUUCAAGAGACUUCUAUUAAAAGGCUGGUGGUGGGACCUCUUGACGUCCGGCUGCACAGUAGCGCCGUCCACCGGAUCCUCAAGAUGAUCACUUGUGCCAUGGACCACGAAUAUGAACCUUACUGCAAACCGACUCCAGAGGUUAUUGAGGUCUGCAGUGUUUCAUCAACUCCAGAGGAGAUUUCAAAUUUAGAAGAGUUCAUCCCAGUCAGACUCAGCUGUCUCACGCUGCUCCAAGUGUCUGUCACUGUCUCCAUGGCAGAGUUCAACCUCCUUCAUGCACUCAUUCCUGUCAUCAUGGGACACAAGGCUUCACCAGGUCCAGUCUCUGUUCCAGUGUUUCAGCCACUCCAACUCUUACCCUCUGUGCAGUUCCAGGUGGAAAGAGUAAAUGUUGAACACUCUGUGCCAAUGUACGCUCCAGAACUGGUCACUACUGUCAGCAGUCUAAACCAGCCUCCUGACAACCUGCUACAUCACUGCUAUUCACAUGUCUACCUCAAGGUGUUUGGAUUCCAGGCAGGCUUGACAUGCCAGGACAGUACCGGCUGCUUCCUGCCUCUCAUCCCCAUCAUCCCUUCCUUCAGCACUGCAGUCUAUGGGAAGCUCAUUCAGAUGCCUGCAUUAUGGAGCAAAAGAACGUCGGUUCCCAUGACCGAGUGCAUAUUUGAACUUCCUCACUUUGCUGUUCAAGCUACAAGGGCCCAGACCCUCCUGCUUCAAGCAAUAUAUCAAAGCUGGACUCACAGCUUGGUAAAUGGAUCCACUCUGGUCCUUGGUGAAGGUCUGCUCAAUGAGGUCUUCAAUGUUCCAGGUGUGAAAUAUCCAGGCUCGUCACCGACUCUUGAAGGCUUGGUCCAAAACCUGGAGCUGAAGUUCUGCAGCCGUGCGAUGGUGAAAUGUGCCUCGGGAACUGUGGGAGCUGUAAAAGUGUGCGCCAGGACCCCAGGGUCAGGAGAAGGAGUGAAGGAAAAACUGGUUCCCCUCAUUCAGGGCCCAUCUGACACUAAAGAACUUCACAUGAGUCGGUGGCUUAAUGAGAUUCGCAAGCCUGAAUCUUUACUGGCUCCUGACCUGCUGGCAUUUUCAGUCCAAGUCCCUCAGCCAGGAGAUGACUGCAGGAACUCAGGUGCAGUUCUGCUGGUCAGUGUCCAGGGUGUAGCUGUAAAUGUGGACCCAAUUAUCUCCACAUGGUUACUGUAUCAGCCUCACAGAGGAAGCAGCAGGAAGCGGCAAAAGAACUCRGGUCCAGUUCCUCUGGCCAAGAGGAGAGAAGAUGACGUGUCUGUAGGGAGCCCGCCACUGGUCAAACAUCCCUCCAAUCAGGCCUCGGACUACGCCAGCAGUCCUCUGAAAACCAAGACAGUGACAGAAUCACGUCCCCUGUCCGUUUUAAUGAAGGUGAUGCCUGACACGCCUGCAGAGGAGCCAUGGGCUUCCUCAGAGGAGCGAAUGAAGGAUCUCUUCACUCAUGCUUGGGAUGCUGUGAAACGACUUACUCUACAGGUGGAGCUGCAGUCUUGCUGUGUGUUCCUGCCUAAUGACAGCCUCCCCUCUCCGAGCACCAUCAUCUGUGGGGACAUCCCUGGUACCGUUCGCAGCUGGUACCACAACCAGGCCUCCAUGCCUGGGACUCUGGUUGUCUGCCUGCCCCAGAUCAGCAUCGUCAGUGCUGGACACAAACACAUCGAACCUCUGCAGGAGCUCCCCUUUGUUGUCUCAAAGCCCAUUUUAGUGGAAGGUGAUGCCUUCCCRUGGACAAUCAGCCUGAGUCAGUUCAGUGUGUACACCUUGUUGGGACAGCAGCAAAGCCUGAGCCUGUUGGAGCCGAUGGGCUGCACCUCCACACUGGCUGUCACGUCUAAGCUUCAGGGCAGUUCUGAGGGAAGACACUCCUUUGUGGUCUGUCUCCAUGUUGAUCUACAGCCGGUCCACGUCAAGUGCUCCAACCCUCAGGUUCAGCUUUCAUAUGAGCUCUUCCUCAGCUGGAGCUCUGCAUGGGCUCGUCUCCAGAAACACGGGAUUUUGCGUCAGGCCUCCAGCAUCCAGGACCCCCCUGCUGGUGCUGCUCCAUCCUCCCCAGUGCGCAGCAGUGCUGGCACCGCCCUCCCUGACACCAGCACCUGUAGCCCCUCUGCAGACUUUGGAUCACCCACAGAGGGGGAUUCAGUGCCUGCUGGAGAUGAUGGUCCAUUCACCGACACAGUGACUUUAGAGCAAAAAACUAGCAGCAUUGAGGGAACCAGUGGGAAGGUUAGCGUCUGGAUGCAGUGGAUGUUACCAAAGGUCACCUUUCAACUGUUUGCUCCUGAUCUAACUGCAAGAAAGGCAGAAAUCUGUGUCCUCAGUGAGCUGGAAGACCUGAGUGCUUCUGUAGAUGUGCAGGAUGUCUAUACGAAGAUUAAAUGUAAAGUUGGCAGCUUCAACAUCGACCACUACAGAUGCAGUCUGGAGGAGGGUGUUCGGAGCUCGGGCAGCUGUCGAGGAGUGGUCCUCUCUUGCACUGACAAGCUGAACAGACGCACUGUGUUGGUUCGACCCGUCAGCAAGCAAGAAUCUUUCAGCCACUUCUCUGGYUUUUUCCCCCCUACGGCAGCUAAAGUACUGGAGGGUUCUCACCAGCAGCAUGGCUUCCUGUCAAUAACCUACACCCAGGCUGUCACCAAAAACGUUCGGCACAAACUCACCUCUCGGCCCGAACGUCCACGCAGUAGCGUUACYGUGGCAAACCAAAGGGUCGCCACCGACCCCCAGGCCGACAGCUCACCUCAGUACCUGAGAGAAAUCCUGCUGACGGCCCAGCCCUUUGAUGUGGUUUUAUUUUGUCCCUUACUCACCACUGUGGCUGGGGUGUUCCAGGCAUCAGUACCAUGGCGCUACAGGGAGCGUGGAAAAUCAGYAGGUCAGCCAAUGAGAAGCCACACACUGACUUCAAGGUGUUUGCCCCUCAUUUACAUUAACACCAGUGUGAUCAGGGUCUUCUGCCACGGAGCGCAGGACAGACAGACAGCUUCAGAUUCCAGUGAGAAAAAAGAAGACACGCUGGUGCUAAAGCUGGGUUCCCUCAGCAUGGCUCCUCAGGCCGAUAACCCACUGACCCGGACUGUGCUGCGAAAAGAUAUUUACCAACGGGCACUGAAUCUGGGGGUUCUGCGUGACCCWGGCUCCGAGGUGGAGGAUCGUCAGUAUCAGAUCGACCUUCAGUCUAUCAACAUUGGGACUGCUCAAUGGGAGCAACUCAAGCCAGAGAAGGAGGGAGUCAAAGGAGGCAUGUCAGCAGAAAGUGAGAGGAGCUCCCAAAAUCCAGCUCUAGAAUGGAACAUGGCUAGCAGUAUCAGGCGCCAUCAGGAGCGUCGAGCCAUCCUCACCCCAAUCCUGACGGACUUCUCUGUUCGGGUGACCGCUGCCCCGGCCAUCAUCUUCAGCAGGAGCCUGUCUCCUGACAGCGGAAAGACAGAGGAGGUGGUGGUGUGUGGCCACUCUCUGGAGGUGAAUGUGACCAGCAGUCUGGAUUUCUACCUCAGCGUUGCCCAGGUGCAGCUCCUGCAGCAGCUUCUCAGAGACAACAUGGUGGGCCUGAACGCUCCAGAGAAAAGUGCCGAGGCACGUCGACAAGAACAAAAGCGUGGCCAUCAAGACCCUUCAACCGUCGGUGACUCUUCAUCACGGCACAGCGUGACCGGACAGGACAGUGGCUUUGGCAGUGACAGUGCCCGCAUCAGGAUUGUCCAAAUAGAGCAGCAGAGUGGAGCCAGCCACCACUGCAUUGCUAGACCCUCACAAAAGUCCACCAUUACAAAGAACCUCAGCUUCAUCCCUUUUGACAUUUUUCUCACUGCCAGUAAACUGUCUGUUAUGACUUAUGCUUGCUCUAGUACUUCUAAGUCUCUAACGACACUGACUGAUAUACCCAAUACACCAGAAAGGAAAGAACCUGGGGAUAAGGUGGGAAAGAGUGUCCUCAACCAUCUCGAAAUCACGUCCGAGUCUCCUCCACCUUCAACCUCGCCAACCUCUGACCUAACCCCAGCUGCUCAGAGCUCACUUGCUGGUCUGACUGCUGAGGACAUYCUGAACAGCAACACCUCUCAGCCAGCUUCUCCGCUGAUAAGAGGAAGCCUGCUCUCACUUGAUGGCCUUCCCACUCCGACCCGUUCCUCGGCCCGCCAGGCUCUGGGUGUUACCAUUGUGAGGCAACCAGGGAGACGAGGAGCUGGGGACCAGUUGUUGGAACCCCUCUUGUACCUGCAGGUUCUGCAGCCUUCUGUUCUGCUCAGUUGCCACCAUCGGAAGCAGAGGAUGGAGCUGUCUGUUUUUGAUGUGUUCCUCAAAGGAGUAGCUUCUGACUACAAGUGCCUGGACCCUGGAAAGACUCUGCCAGAAUCUUUGGACUACAACAUGUUUUGGCUGCAGACAGUAGCAGGAGAGGUUGAUGGUAAAACGGGGAUUCCUCCACCUCUGCUUUGUUUCCAGAUCAAAGAUUUCCUCAAUGGACCAGCCGAGCUGAACAUAGAUCUCGCUCGUCCUCUGAAAAUCAACCCCACUUUGACGAAGCUGGAGCAGGCCAAAGCCUUCCUGCACAAAGUCCUGCCGACCUACACGGGGGACACCUCCAGUAAACCCCCGUCUGCUUCUUCCUCUCCUCAGUCGUCCCCUAAAAAGACCCCUCACAGGGUGAACCCUCCUCGUUCCGACCCCCACCGCGAGGCCUCGGCCCGGGCCAAAGGCAGCUCUGUCGGGACGCUGGCACUGUCCUUCCACAAAGUCUCCCUCCACUCAGCGCAGGUUGUUGUUUUCAUGGAGACGGAAGCCCAUCCAAUGAGGCCCAGCAUCACAUUGUCAGUAUCGGCYAUGACAGGAAGUCUCAGCAUGAAGUCAGGGCCGAAGAUAGAAGAUCCAGUUCAGGUUGCCUCAGUCCUGCUGAAGAUAAACGAUGCGCUGGUGAAAACAGGACUGAGGGAGCGGAGCCAUGUGCUGCUGGGGCCGUUCUCCUGCUGCAGCUCUCUGGAGGCUCGCUGGUGCCGACACAGCGGCAGUCCUGGACCUGAAUCUGGACCCCCUAAACUUCUGUUUGACCUAAAGGGAGGUCUGCUGCAGUUUUUUUGGGGCCAGGAACAUUUGAACUGCCUGACCUUGAUGGAAGAGUACCUUCGGGCCUAUUUUCAUCUCCAGAAAGAGGAUUCAGCAGAAGGCAGUUCUAAGGGAAAGGCCUGCCACACCCAGCCUCCACCCUCUCCCGUCGCUCCCUCUGUUCGGACGGAGCACACCUCUGAUGACCUGCGCACAGGAAGCUUUCAGUACAUUCAGGAUGCAGGUUCACAGAGGCUGCCUGGACCCCAUGAGGUGGUGUUUUGCAGUGAGACAGAAGACAUCCCGGGGGUGAUGCUGUGGAGGUACCCUGAGCCCCGUGUCCUCACCUUUGUCAGGAUAACACCCGUCCCUUUCAACACCACAGAGGACCCUGAGAUCAGCACAGCAGACCUGGGAGAUGUCCUGCAGGUACCGUGCAGUCUGGAGUACUGGGAUGAGCUCCAGCAGAGCUUUGUUCCAUACCGGGAGUUCAACCUGUCAGAAAGCUGCUCCUGCCAGCUGCAGCUGCCCAGCCUCAGCCUCACCGAUCAGCCCAAGGAGAUCGUGGCCUCGGACCUGUGGAGGAUUGUGCUCAAUAAUAACAGCGAGGGAGGCGAUGAACAGAGCUCUGACAGUGAGAGUGGGUCACAGCUUCACUGCGAUCAGUUGGUGUCUCCCAUAGCUCUGGCAGCUUGUACCCGAGUGGACUCCUGCUUCGCCCCCUGGUUCGUCCCCUCGCUGGGUGUGUCCCUGCAGCUAGCACAGCUGCAGCUUCGCCUCUGCCAUCACCUUGAACAGCUGGGUACAGCUCCUUCUCAGAAACUUCGCCCCUUCCUGCCAGACAGGAAGUUGCCUCAGGAGCAGGAGUUCAUGGUGAUUGAUGCUCGUGAGCCUCAGGUCUUCCUGCGCCAGUGGAGUUACGGACCUCGUCAGUGCCAGGAGUUCAGCUUUUCCACCCAGAUAGACUGCAAGCUGCUGGAGUACCGAAACCUGACGUACCUUCAACUGCUCCAGCCUUCAGCGCUGCAGGGUCAGGCCACUGUCACCUGCUGCCCCCAGAGCACCUCUUUGGAUAUCAACGUGUUUGUGGACCAGUUGUUCCUCAGUGUUAGUCAGUAUGCUAUCCACACUGUGGACACUGCCCUGCUCAGCUGGCAACAGAACAGAAAUCUGGAGGCAGAGGAGCUGCUCUACAGCCACUACGUGAUCUGUAACGACACGAAUGAGAUUCUGCGCUUCGGCCAAGUGGACACAGAUGAGAAUGUGCUGCUGGCUAGUCUCCACAGCCACCAGUACAGCUGGAGAUCUCACAAGUCAGCUCAGCUGCUGCACAUCUGCAUCGAGGGAUGGGGGAACUGGCGCUGGUCGGAGCCGUUCAGCGUCGACAACAUAGGGACCCUGCUGAGGACCAUUCAGUACAAAGGACGCACCGCYUCACUCAUCAUCAAGGUGGUUCAACUUAACGGGGUCCAGAAGCAGAUAAUAAUCUGUGGCCGGCAGGUGAUGUGCAGCUAUCUGACUCAGGACAUAGAGCUGCGAGUUGUACAGCACUACGUGGGGCCCGACGGUCAGACGGUGGUCAGAGAGCACUGUGACUGCCUGGAGGCCGGAGCCAAGCUGCCCUCCUACGUGCUGGAAGACGCAGAAAUGACCGAGUUGUGUGUGAGGGCACAAGGAGAUGAAGACUGGUCCCAGGAUGUUCAGCUGGAGAGGAGAAACCAGAGCAGCAACAGCUCUGUUGUGCAGGUGGCCUGUUCCAGCGGCUCUUUACUUUACGUGUGGUGCUCUCUCAUCCUUAUUGAACCUGAAUCUCACAUGCAGCAACGAGUGGUGGUUUUCAGUCCACUGUUCGUCAUGCGGAGCCACUUACCAGACUCGUUAAUCGUCAACGUAGAGAAGAGGAGUCUAGGACUGAGGGAGAGCCAGCUCAUACAUGGACAGGGUCACCAGGAGCCCCUCUUAAACACUGAGGCUGACGUCACCCACCACCUCACUUUUCAGGCCAGGGAGGAUGAAGAUGCUUCUCACUGCGCCGUUCCCAUCUCCACCAGUCUAAUCAAGCAAAUCAUGAAUAAGACUGGAAAUGAGGACAAACCAGAACAGAUCCUGGCUGAUUUCUACAGUCCGAAGACCACCAGUGAGCCACCUUGGCCUUAUGUCUCCAGAGAUGCUGACAGGUCGGUUCUGGAGCCUCUCACCCAGUGGGACAGUCCAAUGCAGGUGAAACUGUCCCGCUGGAAGUCCGGUCUGAACACUCUGCUGGUGGAGCUCCUGCCCUGGGCUCUCCUGACCAACAACUCUCAGUGGGACCUCUGGCUUUUUGAAGGAGAGAAGAUUGUUCUGCAGAUACCAGCUGGAAAAGUCAUUGUUCCACCCAACUUCAAGGAAGCCUUCCAGAUCGGUAUCUACUGGGCCCAAACCAACACCGUCCACAAGUCGGCUGCAUUGCAGCUGGUCCAUGACCUGACCUCUCCUCGCUGGAAGGAAGGUUCAAACUCGAUGGUGGUCACUCUGGAUGAGGAGGGCUACGUGGAGGUGGACGUUACUUUGGGAGCCUUCCCUGGAAAACAGAAGCUGUGCCAGUUUUGUGUGUCGUCUGCGGUGAGACAUGGCAUCCAGAUCCUACAGAUCGAGGAUAGAACCCUUCUCAUCAACAACACUCCCUACAGCCUUCACUGCAGGCCUCUGCUGACGGACCACGCUCUGGGGGGCGAUGAACAGGCCUGUGAAAUACCUGAGAGCACAAUGUUCACCUUUCCUCCCUCUGACAAGUCGUCUCCAGCCAAGCCGUGCUCCGUGCCAUACUGGGACCUCCUCCACGCCGGGGUCCAGGAGAAGGUGGAGUUCCCGUUGCCRCUCAGACACAUUCUCCUCAGCUUGUUUCCAAAGCCUGACGCUGCAGGAAGUACAGCAUGGAGCCUCCCCGCUCCGGUGCGACCAGACUUCCUCAGGCAGAGCGUGUCGGUGCCGGAGGAUCAGGACUCAGGGGGCGGGCUGAGCAGCAGAGCCGUAGUGCUGACAUAUCAGGAACACCAUGGAGUGACGUACAUUAGCUUCACUGAGGACCCCUGUCCACGCAUGCUGAUCCACAACAAGUGUCCCAUCCCCCUGCUGCUCAGGGAAACUGUAAAAGAGACUCCCAGGACGGUAGUGUACUGUCGACCCCUGCCUGCUAACUCUUCCCUGCACCAUGAGCUCUACUCCCAGUCGUCCAGUUUUCCUGAGUGCCGACAGAAAGAGGUGCUGCCCACCCUGCAGCUGAAGACCACGUCAGCCCACAGCUCCAGCGACUGGACCGACCCCGUGGACAUAAACUGUCCUGGCACUCAGGUGGUGUUCCUGUCGGGCUUUGGCUGCCUCUACAUAGACGUGUCAUGUGAGCGAGGCACCCUGAUUCUGUCUCUGGCACCAGAAGGCGACGUGGACACCGUCAUCAACCAGCUCAGCAGGUCCUCCAAGCUGUCUUUUAAAAUCCUCCUGAGUCAGGCCAGUGUGGUGUUAAGUGAUGACAUCACCAGUCCCGCCGGGUCCGUGGAGCUGCUGAGACUCACGUUAACGAAGCUGCUGCUCAGCCUGCUCCCUGCCCCCAGCCCCCUGCCCCCCGAGCUGGGAGCCGACUCCACUCUGGUGCCGGACACCUCUCUGAUCGAGGUCUACUGCUCCGGCCUUCAGGUGGACAACCAGUUGUACAACCGGGCCAGUUUCCACUUCCCCGUCCUGCUGUGCCAGGAUCAGAGAGGGGGAGGCGAGCCCAGCGCUCUGUGGAGCAGCGACACCAAUCCCACCGAGUCCCCAGAGAUGUUGGAAGAGUUCAAACGCUCGUGUUUCCUGCAGCUGAAGAUGGUGCUGGCUGCAGACGGACGCACUGUGGAGGAGGUGAGCUUUCAGCUCCAGCCUGCCAGAGUCUACCUGGAGGACACUUUUGUUUACUACAUAAAGACCCUGUUUUACACCUACAUCCCCAAAAGUUCUGUGGAGUCCAGCAGGGUCAGAGAACCUGGAGCAGGUCCAGUUCUCCCUGAAGAGGUGCWUCAGUCCAUGCAGGCCUUGGUCUACCCUGUGCGUCUGCAGAGGCUGAUAAUCCAGCCGGUCAACCUGCUGGUCAGCAUCCACGCCUCCCUGAAGCUGUACAUCGCCUCGGACCACACUCCUCUGUCCUUCUCUGUGUUUGAGAGGGGGCCGCUCUGCACCACAGCCAGACAGCUGGUUCACGCCCUGGCCAUGCACUACGCUGCCGGAGCCCUCUUUAGAGCCGGUUGGGUGGUGGGAUCCCUGGAGAUCCUCGGCAGUCCUGCCAGUCUGGUCCGCAGCAUCGGAAACGGCGUGUCCGACUUCUUCCGCUUGCCGUACGAGGGUCUGACCCGGGGGCCCGGAGCCUUCGUCAGCGGCGUGUCCAGAGGAACCACCUCUUUUGUCAAACACAUUUCAAAAGGGACCCUGACGUCCAUCACUAACUUGGCCACAAGUCUGGCCAGGAACAUGGACCGUCUGUCUUUGGACGAAGAGCACUACACCAGGCAGGAGGAGUGGAGACGACAACUACCGGAGAGCCUUGGGGACGGACUGAGACAGGGACUGUCCCGACUUGGCAUCAGCUUGUUAGGAGCGAUAGCAGGCAUUGUGGACCAACCCAUGCAGAACUUCCAAAGGAACUGGGAAAUGCAGAGCUCAGCAGGAAGCAAAGCCAGAGGGGUGAUCUCUGGAGUGGGGAAAGGCAUUGUGGGGGUUUUUACCAAACCCAUUGGGGGAGCAGCCGAGCUGGUGUCCCAGACUGGAUAUGGGAUUCUCCAUGGAGCCGGCCUGUGGCAGCUUCCUAAACAGCUCUACCUCCCUGCAGAAGAAACAUCAGCCCGAGCCUCCAACAGCCACCUGAAAUACGUCUGGAAGAUGCUGCAGUCUUUGGGGCGACCGGAGCUCCACGUGGCCCUGGAGGUGACCAUAGUGAGCGGGUCGGGUCAGGAGCACGCCGGCUGCCUGCUGCUCACCUCUGAGGUGCUGUUUGUCGUCAGCCUCACCGAGGACACCCAGCAGCAGGCCUUUCCCAUCACAGAGGUGGAGUGUCGGCAGGAGCCGGAGCAGCAGGGCCAGCUCACGCUCACGCUGCAGCAGCAGACGGUCAGCAGUGACUCUGAGGGUGACGGUGUCCGUGAGCGCCUGUCAGAGCAGCAGUAUCAGCGGCUGCUGGAUUACGUGAUGCGAGCCUCCCAGUUCCUCUCGCCGUCCCCUGCCUCCCUCCAGCUGCAGCCCCCGGUGACGCUCGCAGAGUCGCCGCCGUCCGUCACCAAGAGCUACCACUACCUGGUGGACCCCGCCGCCGCCAAGGUGUUUGUUAGCAAGUUCACCACGGUGAAGAACAAAGCCCUACGCAUCGGCUUUCACUGACGGGCUUAGAGUUUAUCAAAAAAAAAAUAAGACCUGCCUUAAAAUCCUAAAAGCUUUAUUUAUGCAAAGCUUCUCUUUUGAUAUGAGAGUCUAACUGGUCACUCUUGCCUUAAGGAUGUAAAAUGAUUCUUGGAAUAGUUUUAGAUAAAUUUAUCACACAGUCAGCGUGUGAACACUAAAAAGAGGUUAAAGCAUACAAGAGAAACACUCUGGACUCCAUCAUUGUGUUUACAGUCUGUAAAUCGUGUCAUUUUCAAAGUGCAAUAUUAUAUUCAUGCUGAUAAACCAGCUGUCAGCYAAAAUAUCUGAAGACAUGACUCUGUUUGAUGCCAAACCUAAAUGAUGCAAACUUUGUUGCCUUUUUAUUGUUGUACUACUGAAAACUUUAAUGUGUUGUAUAGAAACUUCCUAUUAAAACUACAUGAAAUUUA